UUUGAUUUAUGUCAAAAAACCGUAACUUUCUUAAGUAUCGUAUUUUUUUCCAUCAUUUCUUAAUUAUUUACACUAUUUAUAAUAGCUCUUUCUUUAUGUUUACUAAUUUUAUACCACCUUGUUUUGUUUGAUCGAUAAAAUGGCUGAAUAUCCAUCAAGAUGUUGCGGCCCUUGCCCUUACAUAGCACAAUUUGGCUCUAAUCCGUCCAAACCCUCCGACUACCUUACCCAGAACACUGUGCCUGAACCAAAUGUAGACUUUAAAGAGACCCUACCCUCACCUAAUGCCCAACUGGGGGUAUCCAAGGCCUAUCAAACCCCCGAUCUCACCAAAUCUGCUUUAAAACAAGAAGGUCGAGUCGAUUAUGAUUUUCAAGCUCAAAAUCGUAAAUAUGAUACUCGUGAAUCCAUCGUCCGGCAUAAUUUGGGUGGAAUGCCUCCGUGUGCUGAAGCAAAUAUGCGUCAGUGUUGUUUAAAUAAAGAUGAGAAUAAUACUAGAGAAAAAGGAGAGAAUAAGGUGCAAAUCGAUUGUGAGGUUUUUAAUCGAGAAGGUACCAUCAAGCCUCUUAAAGGAAUUUUAAAAGGCUCCAAAGAAAAUCCUUGCUUUUGCCCUAACGCAACAGCCCUCCCUGUUAAUGAUCAUUCCUAUCCAUCUACUCCUGUAAACCUUGAACACAAUAAAGACACUAAACCCUCUUCCUCUUUGCUACCACAAUAUUCAUCGUCUCCGGCAGAAACCACCAAUAGGGCAUCCUAUCAGCCUUUAAGCGAACAGUCGGGGAUUAAGAUGCAUGCUACAGCGGGUAGACAGAAUAUGCUUCAUCCAGAAAAUCCGGAAAUAGGAGCAAAAGUACCGGUGCCAAAUGAGUUAAGGCCGGUGCCGCCGGCAGAGAGGCCAGUAUGUUACCUACCUCAGCCCGAAGAUGCCAUUGUGGUUCAAAAUAGCAACGAGAUGGGCCCUGUUGGUCCUUGGGCUACUGGUAAAGCGGAUUGGGGCCCUUUAGGGGGUCUUACAGGUACUAGACCAGUGGUGGACAAGUAUUCUAUCACUAGAUACAGUGAAGGCGAGUGGAGAUCACAUAACAAAACAGUUCUGGAUGACACGAAUACUGAGCAGCAUCGAGCAAAUUUAAUUGACUGGAAUGGACGUCAGUGCCUGGAACAAACUCAGUCUGAUGUAGAUAAGAAUCAGGAGGAUAAUACUAGAAGACUAAAUCAAAGGGAGAUGGAAAUAAUGCGUUGGAAAUGCGAAUUAGAACGAGCCAUUGCUGCUGCAGCUGAGGAAAUUGCUUUGAUGGAAGAACAAAGAAGAAGACUAAAGCAGGCUGCGUCUGUUUUACAAAUGCCCGAGUCAAUAGCGGGUGAAUGUCUAGAUCGUAGAACGGGUCGUUUAGAUAGCGAACUAGUCAGAGAUGAAGUGGAAGAAGAACUAAUUAAGGAAGUCGCCCUAUGCUCUGAAAUUAGGGACAUUUUUUCGCGAACUUUAAAAGAUGUCGAGCUGCAACUAUUAGAAGAUCGCACUGCCAAACAAAGGUUGGAAUAUGAUUGGAGCGAUAAGAGCGAUGCCCAUCAAAUCGACGCACUAAAUUCGUCACUUAACACUCGCUCUACGGUAUUAUUGUUUAAGCCCGGAGCCGUAAUUUUCCCUGAAAAUCAAUCUACUCCAGAGUACUGGGAACAUUUUACCAAAGAAACUUUGCUAGGUGGUGAAGCGACUCGUCAAAGAUCUGUUACUCUCAGGGGCACCUUGGAUGCAAUUCUGAUGAACGCCUCACGAGACUUAAGGUCUCAAGCCGAUCGAGUGGAGCUGGCUUUAGCUAAGAAGGUCGCUUGUACUGAAGAAGUGGUGCGCAGAAUGGAAAUUGAGUUAAAACAAAUUUUAAGGCAGCUGGCUGAUGUAGAAGACUUAGUGAAUGCUUUAAAAGCUGCAAUUAGGAGAAUGGAUAUUCCAAUGAAAAAAGCGCAAACCCGGCUGGAUAACAGACUAAUGAGACCCAGAGUAGAAAAUUGCAGAGAUGCUCCUCAUUUUGGUCUGAUAGAUGAAGUCAAGUCUAUAUCGGAAAAUGUGGCCGCCCUUCAAGCUCAACUUGGCCAGGCAAAGAAAUCGCAAGAAAACAUGAUAAACAUAAGAAAUACAUUGGAACGAGAGAUAAUGCUGAAAAUGAAAACUUUGGAGAUCGAUAGGGAUCGAGUAAGAAGGAUCAGGUCGCAUUAUCCAUCAUCAAAUGCACUUUCUGGACAUUAGAAAUUUAAAUAAUAUUUUUGAAUAAAUUAUUUGUGAGGGUGUAA